UUUUCACCUCUAUAUGUUAAGCAACAGUGCUCUGUUAAUUAUUGGAAAGUUUUUUAAUGGAACAAUUUUAAUUAAAUUACAAUAGUUGUUUACACCCUGAGGUUGUUGGACCCCCCAAAAACUCUUGUAAUACGUGGGGAUACCAGGAAACGAGCUCCACAACGCGAAUAUUGAAAGUAAAGGCUCUGACAAAGAACACAAAGGCCAGCGAGUGCAAAAACCCGUUUUUGUGCAUCCGAUAAAAGGGGCGUCUAUAUCUCUGCUGAUCCGGAGCCCCUGGCAUUGCCACUAUGAUGGUUGAGUCCGACGGAACCGCCGACGCCACCCGCCGCUUGAACGUUAAGAAGCAAACCCUGGACGAUGCGUACGCGGUGCCCGCCAACUUCCUGGAGAUCGACGUGGUCAAUCCGCUGACUACCAUGGCGGCGGGCAAGAAGCGCUACACGGACUACGAGGUCCGCAUGCGGACCAAUCUGCCCGUCUUCAAGGUGAAGGAAUCCAGCGUGAGACGGCGCUACAGCGACUUUGAAUGGCUGCGGAACGAACUGGAACGGGAUAGCAAGAUUGUGGUGCCGCCACUUCCGGGGAAAGCCUGGAAGCGCCAAAUGCCCUUCCGCGGCGACGAGGGCAUCUUUGACGAGAGCUUCAUUGAGGAGCGACGCAAGGGAUUGGAGGCCUUUAUCAACAAGAUAGCUGGACAUCCACUGGCGCAGAACGAGCGCUGCCUGCACAUGUUCCUGCAGGAGAACAUCAUCGACAAGAACUACGUGCCCGGCAAGAUUCGCAACACAUAAACAGCAGAGCCCGAAGCCAUCGAAACCCCUAAAUACAUAGCAAUGCAAUGAAGCAAAAACUCGAACGAACAAACCCGCUACGAAAACUUUAGGGUAGCCGUGUGAAUGUGUGUGCUUGGAAAGAUCGAAAAGGGAAGAGCAGUGGAGCCAAGGAGCGAUAGUGGAGUAGAAGGGAUCUGUUUAUUAUGCGAUGCGAUAUGAGACGGAAGUGCUGCUGCUCAGUUAAUGUUGAGCCCCUCUCACCCCACGGGGGACUAGUUAAAACCAGCAUUGGGAAUUUUUAAUGCUAAAUUCAAGUUUAUAUGGUAUACAUAACAAUAUACAUACAUAUAUAUUAUAUACAAUACAGAUAUUUACGAAUAGUGUACAUAAGAAAUGCCUACCAAGCCCCUCGCUAAAUGAGUCUCGAAAGUAGGAGCUGUUCCUCCCUCAGUUUCCUUUCCCAAUUCUCAGUUUCUUCGUUUUGACCCAUUGCAGCGGUAAUAAAGCAGCAAAUGAAAUAAGGGAGCUAUCCUAACCCCGGAAUCCGAUCCCUUGUAUGUGUAUGCAAAUUAUUGAAUAUUUUGAAAAAGUUUAGUGAAUAAUAUUGUACUUCGAAUCAAAUUAAAAUAAUUCAAAAAUAA